GGCUGGCUACCCAGAUCACAUGAUUACAUAGAAACAUGAAACUUGACUAUGUGCUCGGGCAAGUUUUACUUCUCCCUAGUGCAGGGGUGUUUGCCAGCAGCCUGCGCUCUCAGAAUCAGACUCGAGUGGCCAGAACCCUUGAGAUCAGACGCUUACCAUGCUGUUCCCUAGGAGGGCCAGGAACUGCUGAUGUUACCGCUGGACAGUCUCUUACGUUACCCAACACAAUGGACAAGCUUAAUAAAAUAACUGUCCCUGCCAGUCAGAAGCUGAGGCAGCUUCAAAAGAUGGUCCAUGAUAUUAAGAACAAUGAAGGUGGAAUAAUGAACAAAAUCAAAAAGUUAAAAGUCAAAGCUCCUCCAAGUGUUCCUCGAAGGGACUAUGCUUCAGAGAGCCCUGCGAAUGAAGAGGAGCAGUGGUCAGAUGAUUUUGACAGCGACUAUGAAAACCCAGAUGAGCACUCAGACUCAGAGAUGUAUGUGAUGCCCGCUGAGGAGAACGCUGAUGACAGCUACGAGCCACCUCCCGCUGAGCAGGAAACCAGGACAGUUCACCCCGCCUUGCCCUUCACCAGGGGCGAGUAUGCAGACAAUCGAUCAAGCCAGAGACAGUCUCCACCCUUCAGCAAGACCCUUCCCAGCAAGCCCACCUGGCCCUCAGCCAAAGCCAGGCUCAUCUCCACCCUGCCAGCGCCAACUUCUCUGCAGAAACCUCAAGUCCCACCCAAACCCAAAGGCCUCCCUGAGGAUGAGGCUGAUUAUGUAGUUCCUGUGGAAGAUGAUGAUGAAAACUAUAUUCAUCCCACAGAUAGCAGUUCACUCCCACCUGAAAAAGCUCCCGCUGUGAAUAGAUCCAUCAAGCCACACAACUCCUCAAAGCCGACCUCUCCUCCGGGAGCAGUUUCAGGUCGAAACAGUGGGGCCUGGGAAACCAAGUCGUCGUCUUCACCGGCUGCGCCAUCCCCUCUGCCGAGGGCCGGGAAAAAGCCAGCUAUACCACUGAAGACAACUCCAGUUGACUCUCAACAGAAAGCAUCGAGUGUUUGCGAAGAGAAACCUAUCCCUGCUGAACGCCAUCGAGGGUCUAGUCACAGACUAGAAGCCGCACAUUCACCAGUGUUUCCUCCUGCCCAGAAACACAUCCACCAAAAACCCAUCCCUCUGCCAAGAUUUCCAGAAGGAGGAAGCCCAACCAUGGAUGGGCCGUUACCCAGCUUUUCACCUAAUUCCACUAUUUCAGAACAGGAAGCUGAUGUUCACUGUAAGCCAUGGUAUGCUGGUGCCUGCGACCGAAAGUCUGCUGAAGAGGCCUUACACAGAUCAAACAAGGACGGAUCAUUUCUUAUUCGAAAAAGCUCUGGCCAUGAUUCCAAACAGCCGUACACACUAGUUGUAUUCUUUAAUAAGCGUGUAUAUAAUAUACCUGUGCGAUUUAUUGAGGCAACAAAGCAGUAUGCAUUGGGCAGAAAGAAAAAUGGUGAAGAGUACUUUGGAAGUGUUGCUGAAAUCAUCAGGAACCACCAACACAGUCCCCUGGUUCUCAUUGACAGUCAAAAUAACACAAAAGAUUCCACAAGACUGAAAUAUGCAGUUAAAGUUUCAUAAAGAAAAAAAAAGAGGUCAAGUUUCUCCUCUUGAGAAAAAGCCCCAAAACUUCAUAUUUUGGAUUUUGAAUUCUCCAGUCGUAACAUAGAAGGUGGAGGCAGCUCCCGAGGUGUUCAUCCAUUUCUUUGGACUUUUGCUACCGACUGCCUGACCUGAUGAACUGUUAGUAUCUGGUGAGGUUGAGUUAUCAUCCUACUAAUAUUCUACAAAUAAACAUCUUUAUUU